AUGCAGGCACUCAUGGAUCCUGGGACACGUGCCAAACCGGUUAAAGAGACAACCGUCGAACCAGAUGAAGAGGCUGAUGAUCCACUCGACCUGAGAAGAUCAACCAGACCAAGGAAACUCACAGAGAAGACCAGGCAAAGCAAAGAGCAAGACCUGACCAAGACAUUUUGGAAAGCACACAAUCAUUGUCUUUCCAUCACAGACACUGUAGCAAGAGAUCUUACUUCAGCCCACUCCCCAUCUGAUUUGGAGGAUUUGGUAAGUAAGCUUGAAAGAGAACACCAGAGUUUAAAUGGUGCUUAUGGAGAAUUGCGUAAUGUUUGCGCGAGCUCACCCCCUUCAGAAAUUAGACGGGGUACUGAUAAACUUUCAGCUAAAAUAGAUAAACUUGUAGGACGGGCUCAAGCCUUAGCGGCCAGGCCUAGUAGUCGCAAAUCGCGUUCUCAUAUUUCAGUCGGAGGAUCAGCCUCGCGCCACUCAAACACGGCAAGCGUGAAAAGAGAAUUGGAAGCAAAGGCUGCUGCCUUGCAGGUUGCCCUCCUCAGAGAGGAGAGAGAAGACGAGCUCCAAAGACUGGCAAUCGCUGAGGAGACGAGAAGGGCAUUAAGAGAAGCAGAGCUAGCUGCUGAUCAGCUACGCAGAGAUGCCGAAGAGAAGGCCAGAAGAUCAGAGGUGGAGGCUGAAAUGGCAAGAAGAAGAAGAGAACUCCUAAGAAAGGAAAUGGCAGAAGAGCUUCGCCGGGAACAAGCUAUGGCAUUGAGAGAUGCAGAAGAGGAAUCGCUGUUUGAGACCUGCUCCCACUCACCCUCAGCCAGACAUGCCGUGAUGCUACCCCCCAGGAUCUCACCUGCCGAGGUUCUCCCCGCCUUACCUGCACGAAACGUGACUCAAAUUUCACCAGCGCCAGCGUGGCACACAGAGCCACUAAUCCAUCAUAACCUUCGGCCCCAAGCAUCUCCAUGGUACCCACCAGCAGAGAACAGCAAACCAUCUCGUCCCCUUGUGAAUCCUGAGGAUACCAAGACUGAAGCCACACCACAACCCACGGCCCCGAGGAAUGACAUUGAGGUCCUCAUCAAGACUCUGGCAGCCUCAGUCAACCUGGGACGCCUUCCCGUCCCGGAACCUACAGUCUUCCAUGGGGACGCUCUGAUGUUCCCAGAUUGGUCAGCAUCAUUCACAGCGUUGAUCGACAACAGAGGUGUGCCACCCCAAGAAAGAAUCCAUUUUCUGAAGAAAUACCUCGGUGGACCAGCCAGAGAAGCGGUAAGUGGUUGCUUCCUAUUAAGGAGCCAAAAUGCUUACGAAGAAGCCAAAUCGACUUUAGAAAAGAGGUACGGUCAUCCCUUCGCGAUGAUCGAGGCCUUCAGAGAGAAACUUGACUCGAGGCCCAAAAUCGGAUCACGGGACAGCAAAGCCUUGAGGCAGUAUUCUGAUUUCCUAAAACAGUGUAAAAUCGCUAUGAUGGACAUUAAAGGUUUAGAAAUCCUUAACGACCCCCGUGAAAACCGGAAGAUGCUGCUCAAACUUCCAGAAUGGAUGAUACCCAGAUGGGGCAGAAUAGCGUCCAAGGAAAAUGCAACAUCAGGAAAUUUUCCCCCGUUCAAGGACUUUGCAAAUUUCGUCGCGAUGGAAGCCGAGAUCGCUUGCGACCCAAUCACGUCCCUGGGAUCACUAAAGAGCCCAUCUGAUCGAGACAAGGCACAGAUACAGACAAGCCCCACAAAGCGCCAUGCAGGGACACGUACCCUGGCGACAGAUGCGAGGGAAAAAUACCCCCCUUCGUCCAAGUCCCCAUGUCUGUUCUGCAAAGGAGAAAAUCAUGGUGUCCAGGAUUGUAGAACCCUAGGACUGAAACCAAUGGCAGAGAGGCAGGAGUUUGUCAAAAAAGGCGGUCUCUGCUUCGGAUGCCUCCAGCAUGGACACAUGUCCAAGAGAUGCCCAAGACGGAGCACCUGUAAAAGGUGUAACCAUAACCACCCAACUUGUCUUCACAGUGAGGAAAAAAUUUCUUCCUCUGCGGGGACUCAAAGUACCACCGUCAUACUACCAGAGGCCUAGAAAGGGAGCUUGGUAUAGAGGUAAGAAUACUUAUCUGCAUAAGAUUGUUUACCUACAAGACGGGCUAAAUAGCCAAGACAUCAUGUAUUAAAGGGUGCGUAUAUCUAUCAUUAUCUAGUCACCUGACUGUUUAGAAUAGCUUUCGAAAUGACGUUAAAGUCAUCAGCGUAUAUACCCGCGUAUAUACGCCUUUUUGUUUUAAUUGAUAAAUCUUCAUGACUUGGUUCUUUUAUAAAUUUUGUUCAUAAAAUCAUAGGUGAUUUUGGGCGGGACUGUGGCUGCAGCUCUUAUGCUUUUUCGUUACCAUGGCCACAUCUUCAGUCUACCUCCAGUUUAGGUACCUGUUCACUUACAUAUGUUUCUUUGUCUUUCAGUGUAUCCUUACACUUCCAAAUUAGUUCUAAGUUUUAUUGCUUUCAGCAUUGCAAAUGCAGUCUAAAGUUUCAUGUUUUUAUAGGAUUUGCGCAAAAUGAUAUUUUGUCAUCUCACUUAUACGGGUAACAUCUUUCGUCUAUUCAACUUCUGUUGGUUAACUUGAUCACUGUAACAUAGGAGUCUGGGCUUUUGCCAAUGUAGCAAGGAGGAGUGUUUAUGUUCGCAACUUUCCUCCUUGAUUAAUUUCGUUUUUCGUACUUCCCCAGUUCAAGUUAAGAGUCAGCACGAGUUUUUUACGGCACUUAUUGGCACUGAAUAAAUGACAAAUCUUCGCCUUCAACUCGCCACAGUAAUAACAGGCCUGCCGCUUA